UUCCACAGCAAGAAACCCCCUAUUCAACCUAUAAAGCCCCACUUUUCCAAACGGAGAAAGCCAACCGAUUUUUCACGGGUUGCCCGCCACAGACGCCGACAUGAAACUCGACGAGGAGGACCGUGAAAUCCCGGCCCUAGAUUUCCAGAAUUUCAAAGUGAUCUCAGCCGUCGGCCGCGGCGCCAAAGGGGUGGUUUUUCUCGCGAAAGACGAAGUGUCCGACGAGUUCGUGGCUCUGAAGGUGAUCGCCAAGGCUCUGAUCGAGGGAAAGGGAAAGGCCGAUGGCGGCGAGUACAAGAGGAUUUUCUUCGAGCAGCAAGUGCUACGUCGUUUAAGCCAUCCGCUUUUGCCGAGAUUACGUGGAGUUUUGGCUACCGAAAAUGUUGUGGCCCACGCUAUUGAUUACUGCCCUGGUGGAAAUCUUCAUUCUCUGAGGAAAAGGCAGACCGAGAAAAUGUUCUCCGAUGACGUUAUUAGGUUUUACGCGGCGGAACUGGUUUUGGCGUUGGAGUAUUUGCACAGUUUUGGCAUAGUUUACAGAGAUUUGAAGCCGGAAAACGUUAUGAUUCAAGAAAACGGUCACAUAAUGCUCGUCGAUUUCGAUCUGUCCACGAGAUUAUCGCCAAAAAGUCCUCGAUCGACGCCGGAGUCCGACUUAGUCCCCAAAUCUAACUCGGUGAAGAAAAAGCGGUUGUCGCCAUUGCACCGGUUCUGUAACUCGGGCAUUUUGCCGGAAGACUCGAUUUCGCCGGGUAACUCGGUGAAGCCUGAGUCCGACCCUACGGAGAAGUGUAACUCGUUCGUCGGGACGGAGGAGUACGUCGCGCCGGAGAUCGUGUUAGGGAACGGCCACGAUUUCGCGGUGGACUGGUGGUCCCUCGGGGUUGUGCUGUACGAAAUGCUGUACGGAACGACGCCGUUUAGGGGGUCCAAUAGGAAGGAGACCUUUUAUCGGAUUUUAUCCAAGACCCCGGAGCUCACGGGGGAAACAACGCCGUUGAGAGACCUGAUUGCGAAGAUGUUGGAAAAGGACCCGGAGAAGCGAAUCGAACUGGAGGGAAUCAAGGGUCACGAUUUCUUUAGAGGGAUUGAGUGGGAUUACGUGUUGGGAAUCUCGCGGCCCCCGUUUGUUCCGCAAGAUGAAACUGGGGGCAUAGAGGGAAAUAAAAAUAUUGACGCGGAGUUGUUUGUCCAAAGCUUAGUUGGAAAUGGAGAAGCAGAUGUUGACAGAGUUGUUGAAAACAACAACAAUCACAAAACUACUGAAAUUGAUAAAUUUCUUAUUUUUUGAUUUUUUUUUUUUCAUUGUUUUAGUUUUAUGUUCGUUCAUUAUAUUUAUUUGAACAACAUGGAGCCGUAACUGAUAAAAUAAUAAGCAUUAAUGCAAUAUAUUACA